AUGGGUAGCAACUUUUUCAAAAAUUUGUCCACUUUGAUGAUCUUUCCAAAGCUUAUAUUUAUCGUAACUUUCAUUGCAAUUCUGAUGCUCCCCCAAUUAAAAGCUGAAGAUGAUGCAAACAAAAGAAAUUUACAAGAUCGAGCAGACGACCAACAAGUUGUAAUACUUCAAACAGUGAAAAAAACGGGAGAAAAUCUAGAUGCUAUAUUAAAAACCCGAGAUCUAUUAGAUCAAGAUAUUUUGGAACUUCGAGAAUGUGUACAGGCUCUUCAAGCUCUACUAGUUCCAAAGUCUGUAUUAACUGAAAAAUAUCUACCAGCUCUACAAGAUCUUGCGCAAGAAAAAAAUCAAAAAGAUCUACGAGAUGAACAAAAAACUCUGGAAACUUUAAAAGGUUCAAAAGAUGAAGAGAUUGAAAAGAGUAUAAAAGAUAUAGACGAGAUUCAAAAUGAGCUUUUAGGCACGCUUUUAGACGAGCUUUUAGACGAGCUUCUAAAAAAACUAAAACAGCCAUCAGAUAAAAAAAAUCAACAAGAUCUAAAAGCUUCAAAUGGUGAACAAAUUCAAAAUGGUAUAGAAGAUAUCGACAGAAUUCUAAACGAGACGACAAUUUCACAAGCUAAAGAAAAUCAAAAAAAGAGCACCCCAAACAAACUCCAGAAAAUCAAAAAGAAAAACCUUCAUCAGCUAAACAACAUUACCCAGGGGGAGUACCACCAAAUGGUUCCACAUAAGAAUAAAUUAAACGUUUUUAAGGCCAUUAACUAA